UAAAAUUGCGGUUUUCCAUUGGACGAAUCGGUCAUUUCGUCUCUCUCUCUCUCUCGUUCUUCCUCUUCUUCGCGCACUUCCCUCUUACCACUCCACCUCCUCUGCUCGUUUCAAUGGCGAAGAUCUCACACUCACCCCACAAAAUUUCCAUUUCCACCACCGCUGAUCCAUCUCACUCUUCUCCAAUCCAUCAGAGCAAGGCUCUCAAGCGCACGCGUAAGUCCGUUCGUCGUGAUGCUCCCGCUCAGCGUAGUUCUGUAUACCGCGGCGUCACCAGGCAUAGAUGGACGGGACGGUAUGAGGCGCACCUGUGGGAUAAGAAUUCUUGGAAUGAAGGACAGAAUAAGAAAGGAAGACAAGUGUAUUUAGGAGCGUACGAUGAUGAAGAAGCGGCGGCUCAUGCUUACGACCUUGCAGCGCUCAAGUACUGGGGAGCAGAAACUGUUAUUAACUUUCCACGAUUAACAUACCAAGACGAGCUUAAAGAAAUGGAAGGCCAAUCAAGAGAAGAGUAUAUUAGAUAUUUGAGAAGGAAGAGUAGCGGCUUUUCUCGCGGUGUUUCAAAGUACAGAGGUGUAGCAAGGCACCAUCAUAAUGGGAGAUGGGAAGCUCGAAUCGGCAGGGUGUUCGGCAACAAAUAUCUUUACCUUGGAACAUACGCUACGCAAGAAGAAGCUGCUAGAGCUUACGACCUGGCGGCAAUAGAACAUCGUGGCCUUAACGCCGUUACAAAUUUCGAUAUCAGCCGUUACAUCAAAUGUCUCCGUCCAGGGGAACAGCAUAUCCCAGACAAUAACCGUCCAUCAAGUCCAAACGCCGGCGACACUGCCUCAGAAUUUGACCCCAAAUCCUUUCUCGAAAUUACCUUUCCGUCGCAAUCUUCGAGCUCCGACCAACCAACCACCGCGCCGGAACCUCACGGCGGCCUCCCCUCAUCAUCGUCGGCGACGUUGGAGCUGCUAAUCCAUUCGUCAAAAUUCAAACACAUACUAGAAAGGACAUCCGCCGCUGAGACUCCACAGACGCUGCCGGAAUCCGUCCGGCCGCGCCGCUGUAUACCGGACGACAUUCAAACCUACUUCGAUUGUAGUACUCAAGAUUCUGACGACAUUGCCGGAAGCGACGACGGAAUUUUCGGGUACCUAAACUCGUAUUUUCCUUCAUCAGCAUCAGUUUUUCAUAGCGCACUCGAUGCUUAAUUAGGUGUAAUCAAGAAAGGAGAUGGAAAUGAGGAAAUAACUUGGGCUGGCCAUGGCCAUGGCGGAUUACGACGAUCACCAGAAACGGCGACAAUGGAGGGCAUGGCCUGAGGGUCCGGGCUACACACUUGGCGAGUGUUUGUGAUUUGGUUAGCUGGAAAUUGAAAGUCUUGCCGGUAUACCAGCUCAACUCCUCCAGGAAAAUUGAUUGCAAAAGGAAGGAAAAUCCAUGGACCGACCCCAUCAUCUCCACCUCGUAGGAACUACGAGAUCACCCCAAGGACGCCUUCAGUAUCCAAGGGCCGCAGACCGACCAUAGAACCCUGUUCAAUAAGUGGAAUGCAUUAGCUGUCCGCUAUCCGGUUGGACAGUAAGGGUCGGAGAAGGGCAAUCACUCAUUCUUAAAACCAACAUUCUUAAGACCAAAGAGGCGAGCGGAAAAGGGGGGAAAGCUCUCCGUUCCUGGUUCUCCUGUAGUUGGAUUCUCCGGAACCACAAGAAUCCUUAGUUAGAAUUGGAUUCCAACUCAGUACCUUUUUGAGAUUUUGAGAAGAGUUGCUCUUUGGAGAGCACCGUAUGAUGAAAGUUGUAAGCUGUGUUCGGGGGGAGUUAUUGUCUAUCGUUGGCCUCUAUGGUAGAA